AUGUCUCAACCUGAAAAUAUCGACCUCGAAAAACAACAACAGGAAACUCACGACUUCCAUGGAACUCACAAAAUCUCACGAAUCCAAACUUCAGGAGAUGACAAUGAAAUCUUACACAUUGGCGAUACCAAAGUUCUUAAACAAGACCUGAUAGCAGCCUUUGGAGGUAGUUUCAAUCCAGGUCUUUCAGUUGCUCCUUCUCGCAAAUUUGCAAACCCUUCACCUCUUGGUCUUUCUGCUUUUGCACUCACUACUUUCUGUCUUUCACUCGUUAAUGUUCAAGCUCGUGGAGUUACUAAUGCUUCUGGUGUUAUUGGUCUUGCUUACUUUUAUGGUGGAUUUAUCCAACUUUUGGCCGGAAUGUGGGAGAUUGUUGUUGAGAAUCCAUUUGGUGCUACUGCCUUAUCAUCUUAUGGUGGAUUCUGGUUAUCUUGGGCUGCAAUUGAAACUAAGGCUUUUGGAAUUACUUCAGCUUAUACUAGUGAAAAAGAUUUGGAAAAUAUGGUUGGUUAUUUCCUUUUGGCUUGGUUCUUCUUUACCUUUAUGUUGAUGAUUAUGACUCUGAAAUCUACUGUUGCUUUCUUUUCACUCUUCUUUUUCCUCGAUAUUACUUUCCUGAUGCUUACAAUUGGUAAGCUUGGUAGCAGUCCUAAUUGCAGCAAGGCUGGAGGUUACUUUGGUUUGAUUACUGCUGUGAUUGCCUGGUAUAAUGCAUAUGCUGGUUUGGCUAAUCAUGAGAACUCUUACUUUGUUCCCAAGGUCUUUUACAUGCCUGGUACUGUUUUUGCUAAAUAA